AUGAAUAGUUUAAGUCAGGUUAGAUCAUUGUUGGUUGGUGGAAGAGUUACUUCUAGACAAUUGAUAAUCGAUUCUUUAAAUAGGAUCGAUGCUACAAAGAAAUUCAAUGCUUAUAUCACUCUGGAAGAUAGAGAGAAACUGUUGAAUGAUGCCGAUGAAUCUGAUAAACGAUUACAACAUCAACAACAACAACAACAAUCAGGUGUAAAGAGAGAGUUAGAAGGUAUUCCUAUUGCAGUUAAAGAUAAUUUCUCAACCAGCAAGCUAAAGACGACAUGUGCAUCAAAGAUUUUGGAAAACUACAUACCAAGUUUCGAUGCUACUGUUGUCAGUCGUCUUAAAGAGGCUGGUGCUAUCAUCGUUGGAAAGACAAACAUGGAUGAGUUUGCAAUGGGUUCAUCUACUUCGACCGGUCACUUUGGUGCAUCGAUCAAUCCUUAUUCGAGAGAUGCAGGUGAAUCAUUGGUUGCCGGUGGAUCGAGUGGUGGAAGUGCUGUCGCUGUCAAGUUGAAUACAGUUUCCGCUGCGAUUGGAAGUGAUACCGGUGGAUCGGUUCGUCAGCCCGCCGCAUACUGCGGUCUUCUAGGAUUCAAGCCAACCUAUGGAUCGAUCUCGCGUUAUGGAAUGAUCGCAUUUGCCAGUUCACUAGACACACCUGGAUUCUUUGUGCACAAUGCAGUCGAUGCUGCCAUACUCUUGGACGUCUUGGUCGGUAGAGACUGCAACGAUUCCACUUCAAUCGAGCAUCCAAUGCAAAAGAAAUUCCAACAAUAUCUAAAUAGCAGAGAUAAUAAUCAAGAUAUGAAAGGUUUGGUAUUUGGUAUACCCACUGACUAUUUAGUCAAGGAAAUGGAUCCGGAAAUAAUUAACUUGUGGAGAGAAACAGUCGAUCUGAUAGAGCAAGCCGGUGGAAAAGUUGUAGCAGUCGAUCUCCCACAUACUAAAUACGCAUUGCCAGCCUACUAUAUUCUGGCGACAUCGGAGGCCAGUUCGAAUUUGGCGCGCUACGACGGUAUACGCUAUGGCGCGUCAACGAGCGGCGCCAAGUCACUCAAGCAACAGUACAUGGAAACAAGAAGCGAAGGUUUCGGAGCAGAGGUUAAACGACGUAUCCUACUGGGAACCAUGUCAUUGUCACGUGGUAGCUACGACAACUACUAUAACAAAGCACAACAAAUAAGAAGAUUGGUAUCCGAUGACUUUAACCAGGUUUUCAAUCGACAGAGUGUCGACAUUCUAAUUACACCGACGACACCGUCGGGACCAUUCAAACUCGGUGACAAUCAAGAUCCAAUCGAUAUGUACAUCAAUGAUAUCAUGACAAUACCGGCUAGUCUUGCCGGUCUGCCAUCGGCAUCGAUUCCACUGGCGCACUCACAAAGCAACAACAAAUCAACACCCACACCACUCUCACUACAACUCAUAGGCAAUCGUUUACAAGAUCACAAAGUACUAGAAGCCAUUCAAAAGAUAAUGUCAUUAAAUAGAUAUAAUAAUUUUUAUAAUCAAAUUAACAUCAAUUGA